AUGGCCGGCGCGAAGUUUCCAGGAGUGAAGCCGACGAUGAUCGAAUGGCAGACUGUCACGCUGCAGCAAGCCGACCAGGGCGCCCAUUCGUCCAGAUUGGUUCCUGAAGGCGCUGCCAAAUCGAAAGGUUCAUCAAGUGAAACUGGGCAUCUCUCCACAUCGCGCUCGCGAUGGCCUGGACACGACGAUUCGAAACGGACUAAACAGAGCAGACCCCAUCCCGACCCCUUGAAGAAGAUUCCUGUCGAGCUGAGAAGAGUGUGUGCAGUGUCCAUUCAGAGGCCAGAAUCGUCGCUGGCAUCGCUCAUUCGACACGCCGGCCGGGGUGCCCCUGUCACCCUCAAAAGACAAUCGGUGCUAUUCAUGUCCUGGCCCUGGGAUGAUGACUCCGGGGCGGCCCGGCCUGCAUCCAGCGAACGAACGGCGGUAACACGGCUCGCCAUCCCCAUCAACGCUCGCCCAGUCUCUGUCUCUCUGCCCGAAGGUUUCCAAACACUGCAGGCCAGGUGGAGUCGUGGAGCGGGCUUCCACGAGGGCUGGAGGGGGACUGUGCCUUUGGAUUCGACCAGAGGCUUCAUCGGCGCUUUUUCGUUCUCAGGGACCAGGCACAAUCCCAUGCCCAUUGGACACGCCACGGCGCCAAGGGCAGACUGGACAGCGUUCAUGAAACAUCCGGCAAAAGCGAGGCCACACACUCUUUCGCCACAAAUCUUCCGUUGA